CUGGUCGGCCUCAAGAAUAGUUCUGUGGAUCCGGCAGUCGGAUCUCCUCUCCUUUUCUCUUCAAAAGCGCGACAGAGACGGACUAAUACGCGCCUUCAUAUCUAUUUAUCUCAUCGUGAUCGCGCUCCUCCAGGUCUUCAAUAGGUGACCGUGUAUCCGACCGCCGAGAACUCCUCGCGGAUGAAUUAUAUUUGAGUGGUUCACCCCCUGGAGACCCGGAGUGCAGUGCGGGAAGUGUGAUAUGGAUAAUUGUGGACAUCAGUCAAAUCUUAUGAUCUUUAGCUACUGCUGAUGAUCUUUAGUCUUCUGCUGAUGGCAUCUAAUAAAAGCAAGUUGAUAAUGAGAUCUAAUCUUGAUCAGUUGCAAUACCGGUCUCAGAGAACGUGUCGCCAUUUUGGAGAACGCUGAUAACGUUUUUGGUGACUAUAGUCCGAUUAAUUGAAAGUUUUUCAGUGUCGGUGUAGUGCGGUUGUGAUAAUUCAAAACUGGCAGUGACUUCAGCCAGUGAUAAGAUACUAGUGUUCGGAAAGACAAGUGCCGACAAGUUGAACCCCUGUAAAGUUUGGAAACCCUGAUUUCUUAGAACCCUGAACAAGUAUUGUGACAGUUCUUCGGAAUUAGGAGGUGUCUGAAAAUUAAGAACCCUUCAGUCUGUCCUCAAAGUGUCUUCAGUCUGUUUUUAGUAUCAGAAAGAAAUUGAAAGAAGAGCUUUCAGCGAUUAGCUGGAGUAGUUGAAGUUCGGGGGCAGUCUUCAUCAAGGCAGCCAGGGUGGUUCGAGGGGGGACAGGAGGCGCGGACGCCCUGGCGACAGCCGGGGUGGUUUACCCGGCCGCGACGGCUACCCUGUUCCCAGGCCGGGUGCCGACAGCACAUCACCCGGAGCUUUCUACCACGUUGGAGCUGGGGUUCCCGGCGCGCGGCACCACCGCCUCGAUGGCGCUGGUGGCCCCGCCGCCGUCGUGGGCCUCGCGGGACCUUGGUGGAGGUGGCGGCGGUGCUCCGCUGCAGGUGGGCACUCCGUCGCAAAUGCCACCGACUCACCUGACGCCUUCCGCCACCCCUGAAGAUAUCACGUGCCUCGUUCCCGCCGGCAACGUCCUGACGUCGAGGGAUCCGCUUCCACCCAGCACAACCCCCGGCAGCCAGGCCAACAGCUCCCAAUCGGGAAGUUCACAAACGGACAAAUCACCCAAUAUUGAGUGCGUUGUUUGCGGGGAUAAAAGCAGCGGGAAACAUUAUGGACAGUUCACCUGCGAAGGCUGCAAGAGUUUUUUCAAAAGGAGUGUCAGAAGAAAUCUCACAUACUCAUGUCGGGGGAACCGAAAUUGCCCUAUCGACCAACACCAUAGGAACCAGUGCCAGUUUUGCCGCCUGAAAAAGUGCCUGAAGAUGGGCAUGCGCCGGGAAGGUAUGCAUUCUGUGCAGAGAGGGCGAGUUCCACCCUCGCAGCCAUCACUUCCGGGGCUACCGGGACAAUUUGCUCUGACGAAUGGCGACGCAGUGGCAUGCGCGAGUUUGAAUGGACACUCGUACCUGUCAUCCUAUAUUAGCCUACUUCUCAGGGCGGAACCAUAUCCGACGUCGAGAUACGGUCAAUGCAUGCAACCGAACAAUAUCAUGGGAAUAGAUAACAUAUGCGAGUUGGCAGCAAGAUUGCUAUUCUCUGCAGUCGAGUGGGCCAGAAAUAUACCUUUCUUCCCUGACCUCCAAGUGACGGAUCAGGUGGCCCUUCUGAGGUUAGUCUGGAGCGAACUCUUCGUACUCAAUGCGAGUCAGUGUUCUAUGCCCCUUCAUGUGGCACCUCUCCUGGCAGCAGCAGGUCUCCAUGCAUCUCCCAUGGCUGCUGAUCGUGUCGUGGCCUUCAUGGAUCACAUCAGGAUCUUCCAGGAGCAAGUCGAGAAGCUUAAAGCUCUCCACGUGGAUUCUGCUGAAUAUAGUUGCCUCAAAGCCAUCGUUCUCUUCACUACAGAUGCAUGUGGUCUAUCGGACGUAGCGCAUAUUGAAUCCCUUCAGGAAAAAUCACAAUGUGCUCUGGAGGAAUACUGUCGAACGCAAUAUCCAAAUCAGCCAACGAGGUUUGGGAAACUCCUACUGCGAUUACCUUCUUUACGAACAGUCUCAUCCCAAGUGAUCGAGCAACUUUUCUUCGUGAGGUUGGUGGGCAAGACUCCAAUUGAGACUCUCAUAAGGGACAUGCUUCUUAGUGGGAGCAGUUUCAAUUGGCCUUACAUGUCUACGAUGUGACACUCUGUCUGGAGGCAACUAGCUUCCGCAUAAUAUCUUUGUACCUUGGUGCACGGUUCAGUUACAUUUGGUAGCGAAAUUGGUGGAUCUCACGAGAUUUGAGCCUGUGAUCAUGAAUACUUCAUAAGAGCCCCGGAGGGACCUUCGCGCACCACGGAAUUCACGAAUCCGGUCGAGACGAUCGACCCCUCGCUUUCCUAGAUAAGUAAGGCGAUCGGAAAUCGCUAACGAGAAACAUGUCAUUAUCGCUUCAAGCAGUUGAACUAUUUCGACUCCGGAUUUAAUGGCGAGGCUGAGUUUCAAUCGGUGAAACUGCUGUGAAUUCAAAGCCUUGGCUUUUCUCGUAAGAGACUUUGCUAGAAAGAUUUUAAUCAGGGAUUGUAGAAUGAAUUUUUCAUCAUAUUUCAUUCAUCCAAGUUGUUGUCACCAACCGUGUCACCUUUUACUAAAGAUUCGAAUUUGCAUGCUCGAAUUACAGGAGGAGGUGUCAUGUCUUGUGACGGUGAUAAAGGUUUUGAAUUCUCACCAAGGUUUUUUUAUUAGUCGGUCUCAUACCACCUGAUUCCAAGCUAAAAACACGAAGACACUGUCAUUAAGUAAGUUCGGUGGAAGAUGGGUAGGUACCGUUUUGCUUGAUGAAGGCACUGCAAGUGGGCGGAGAUACGUCAUAGAAAAGUGCGAGAUAAUAAAGUCGUCGCUUAUUCAGAAUAAGCGGCGCCAAGUGGUCCAACAGCCUGAAGGAACACCGCUGGGCGUAAAACUUGGAACUCGGAGCAAACUAGCCGGGUAACAGGAGUGAGAAAGAGAGAGCGCGAUCAAGGUGCAAAGAAAUCAUUAAUUAGCAUUUAUAAUCAGAGAGACCUCCCUCGAUCAUCGACUAUCUUCCAUCGAUUCACGCGUUAAGUGUUCAUCGAAAAUUCACAAACUUUUAGUCAUCCAAACCUCUUCGAAAA